UUUUUUCAUGAGAAAAUGUUUCGGUUGCCUGUUCCGUUCCGCACCAUGUCGUCUUGCAGUUUUGGAGGUUUUGCUACUUGUCACCUUCCAGUGUAGUUUUGUUCCGCGUCACAUCGGGCCCGUAUCGGGAGCGAUUUUAUUGCCGACCACGGAACCUCCACGACCCGUCCCAGAGCCGAUUGACAUUCAAGGAGGCCAUCAGGAUGUCAAGGAGUGUCCGUUUUGCCUGGAGCCCAUCGAGGAUGGCGACGACAUCAUCGCAGACUGCCCUGCGUGCGAGACGCAUGUCAUGCACUACCGCUGCGCCACCAGUGCGGCAGCCCGACGAGAGCAACAGGCUGCGUCUGGAUCCUCCGUGGCACCGACUACAGCUUCGCGAGGCGUAUUUUCGCGAUCUCCCGGCGCGGGGUCUGCCCGGAGCAACGGCGCGUCGUCGUCGACGACGGCAGCGGCAACCGGGUUCUCGAACACGCCUCGGAGCGAGCUCGGAGAGGACGAUCGCGUGGCCUUCAGUUGGUACCAGUCCUUAUCGCGCCGCCGCCCGAUUGCGGCGCACGUGAUGGACGGGCUGAUGGCGCUCAUGUCGGGUGGUAGACGGAGCGCGACCACCGUGACAGGAGAUCAGACAGGAGGAACACCAGCAGAGCCGUCGGCAUCAUCUCAACUGUACACCCGGCUGCCACUGGAUCAGGUGCAAAACCUCCCUCCGCCUCCUGCUUUUCGUCCAAUGUCUCCUCCAGUACUACCGCCGAUGCCGGUGUUCGCGGGUGAAGAAUUUCUGGACGUCGUCGAACAAGAGGCGCACAACCAGCUGCACGCGGCCGGGUCCCGGCCUAGCGAGGAGGGCGAUCAUGGCGGACCGGAAUCCUCGCUGCCGAGCCCGCGCCAACCAUACCCGCUCCAACGGAGUCCCAGGUCUGCUGUUACACACGAAGCAACGCCGAUCAACUUCGCGGCAACAGCGGACGAACAGCAAAGUACGACUUCCACGAUGCUUCCAGUCAGUACAGGAGCCGACGGCGAGCAGACGCCCGAUUUUAUACCGCCAGACGGUGAUCGUGAGGUAAUUGUUGAUAUCGACGAUCUAGAGCGAACGCGCGCACCGCCCGGCACACCUUGGCUCACCACGAGAGCAGCCUCGCCGACCGCCGCACCACCUGUGGAAGAGGACAACGCGGGGUUCCUUGCGUGGCAGCAGAGCAAAACGAGCGCUGGAGCCCCGGUUUCCUGUCCGAUGUGUCGCUGUACCAUGCAUCUGUACCGCGGGCGCCGGCUGCACGUGCGGAGUGGUACUUCCAUCGCCGGCUGGAAAGUAAAGCCCCGUCGUAGUCAACGACAGGUGGAUCAUGAUGGUACAGAAGGUCGUGCAGGCGUUGCUGACCCGGGACGACCCAACACUUCUUCGUCUGCAUCGCCGAACGGGAGUCCUGGGUCCGCUAGGACGUCGCCUGGCGCAGAACGUUCGAACCUCGUUGCCGCGGCAGCAAGUUCCGCCUUGGGUGAGGCAUGGCCAUACGAUGUCGUUACCUCCAGUCGCGAGGGAUCAUCGUUGCGUUUGUUUGAAGGGAAUAGCACGUCGCGGCCGUCGUCACAGAACCAGCAGCGACAGGCGCAGGUUGUGCAACAGGCUCGUAUCGACCAGCUGCACCGCUUUCCGAUUGAAGUUGGUGCUUCAACAAACUUGUCGGGAUCUUCGACAGAUGGUACAACCCAGGUGACAGAUCGCAUGAUCGCGGAAAAUGCGACCUUCCAGCGUCGUUGGGGAGAGGAAACGGACAAGAUCGCCACACCGCUUGCGCGAGUGGAGAUUCCUAGCGGCAGUUCGGGCGUGGUCGUUCGCAUUGCGCGCCGGGGGAACUCCUCCGCCUUGGAGGAACAACGCCAGAACGAAAUGCGCACCGGAAGCGGAGCCUCGCCGACGACCAGCAAUGCAACGGCGAGAGUGCUGACCCUAGCGGACGCUCUCGCGGCGCCUAUAAUUCUCGCGUUUGGGAGGAACCCGUUUGGGAGCGCCGAAACGCGCGUCCCGGCGGAGGUUAACGCCACAGAGUAUCAGCCCAUGGUUGCCGCGCCCCUGGUUAGCGUGUUGUCCUCCGAGCGGCUUAGUGAGAUGAAUGCGUCACCGCGACUCGCUGACGUGCGUGCAGACCCUUUUCUCUACCACGAAGCAGCGGCAUCGGUAGCGUCGCAGGAAUCACCGCCUGGAGUGAAUGGACCUCCUGGGGGGCGGGUAGCUCCAGCUGCACCCAUGGAGGUGGAUGAUCACCUGGAUCCGUUCUUUGUCAGAAGACAUCAACGCGAAGAUCAGCGGGACCGAGCGGCACGGGACCGCCCCGGGGCGAACCCUGCUGGUCGUCAACAACCCGGGAUGAACUACAGAUGGACGGAUGCGGCCAAUUACCUGUUCGCGUUCGACGCGUCUCCGAAGCCAGGCGCAAAACAAGCACCAGCGACGCAGCCGCCGGAGCAGGCAGAAGCGGUGCCGCCGCGAGGACCGCCAGAGAGCACAGUCCGGUCGCCGCGCGGCACCGCCGCGCCCCCUCCCCAUGGGGUUAUCGUGAAGUUCGCGCAUCUCGAUGAGUCCGUGUUCGUUCAGGCGGAGGAGCUCAACGACUCCGUGGUCUUGGAACUGGAAAGCGCCGGCAAUAUGGACGCACGCGCGCACGAUUUUAGCAUGCUGAUGCACUACCUGCGCACCAAUCCGCGGCGCGUGUUUUUUUUGAUGUACUUCCCGCCGCUGGUGCUGUUUGCAUUCUUCUUUCUGAUCGACAUGGCCUGCACUUCUACAGUCCUGCUCGCCGGUCUGCGGCCCAUGAAGAUGCCCCUGCGCGACGUCGUAUUUGCCACGGGCGUUGCGGUUCGCGACCCCCACGGCUACAUGCAGGUACUGGACCAGCGAAAGCCGGAAGACGAAAGGCUCAACUUUUGGGAUAACUUCGAGCUCUUCAUUGGGAUGACGCCACCGGACUACCGUUCCUACUUUCCGAUCCGCCACGGGAGCUUUACGUUGCAGCCGGCGGAGGUCGCCGAGCGCCGCCGCUGGGCGCAGCUAUUCCGGGACGCGCCCUACUUGUACGGUCUCCUGGAUGAUUCGACGGCCGUCGCGUUUCGCGAGGCACACGAGAAGGCGCCCAGAAGAAACCCACAUUUUCCAGCACAUGCCGAAUCGUCGUCCGAGCAAGUUCUCGGACCAUACGCGGCGUACAAUCAGGCAAUGGGUUGGGUUGGGCGGCCGGAGAUUUGGUUCAUUCCCCCAGAAGGGUUUAAGGGGGAGGAUAUUAUUACCGGAAAGGCGGGCACAGAUGUCGACGACAAAAGUGGCAUAAGAAACCGCGCGCAAGAGGACAACACUGCGCCAUCCGCGUCCGCCAGGACCGCGCAAGAGGACACAAAUGUGGCCCCCUCCGGUAAGACUACCCCGUUCCCUCGGCAGAUUCUGACGAAGGAACUCACUCUGGCGCCGGUUUACGAGGUGUUGAACAGUUGGUGGCAGACGGAGCUAGCGGUGGUGCAGUGGGCCGCGGCCUUUGAGGACGGCGAUGCGUACGUUAACAAAGCCCAGUAUUUAUCGAAUGUAAAAAUGUCUGGGUCUGGAAGAUUGCUACAUUUGUCAUGCAUGUCUGACAUGGCUCAAGAAUCUGUGAUGCAUGGGCAUAAAGCUGUCCUCUUACCUGUCAUGCAAAAACGUAGUUUGCCAUGCGGAACACGCAACACAUAGGAGCCCAAAAAUUUGUCAUGCUUGGCUCCGUAUUGCAGUGGAACUCCCAUUCACUUUUAGCAUUACAAAUUUCCAGACCCAGACAUUUUUACAUUUGAUAGUAUUGCCGCGAGCUAGCCUACGGUCCGACCGUGGCGGUACGGGACUACGAGGAGGAUUUGGCCGUCCAUUUCCAGAAAGCGUUGAAAAUUGGCGACGAAGUGACGACUAGCGACACGAGUACCUCCGAUGGAGGAAACGCGCCGGAUCACAAUCGCAGCGCCAGAGCGGCCAGAGUGGGCGAGGGCACCAGCAGCGCACGUGAUUCGAGCGCAAAGACGGAGGAAGAUCGAGGUGGCGCGUCGUGCGAGACUCUGGGUCAACUUUGGCGAGCUUGCGAGAUUCAAAAGGAGGAGAGUCCGUCGCAAGAUGAAGAUCGGAGCGAUGAAAAUCGGAGAAAAGUCGAGCAGGCAUGUGUGCGCCAAUUUUCUGGGGAGAAACUGCCACCGUGGGUCAAGGACAUCAGUUUAUCUCAGAUGGAACACAAAAUCUUGUCUAUCUUCUGGGCGGGAGCGCUGGAAGCAGUUCCCGAGCACUUGGUCUUAAAAGACUCGAAAUUCUUCCAAAUGUCAGCGCCACCUGAUCCAGCGAGUCGGGCCCUGGCCGAGGAAGGCCAGAGGGGUAAAACCGCGGCCAAUCGUGAACAGGGGCAAGCAAGGAACAAGUCUCUGCUGCAAGAAGGUCGGGGGCUGCAAGAACGGCCUCGGACGCCGGACAGUAGUACUCCCAGAGGACAACAAGCAUUUUUAAACAAAAACACCAGUUCUCAAGCGCCUGCAGCGUCGCGGCAACUAAGCGCGCCAGCAGACCAACGAGCGGCAAACUCCAGCGUCGAUCUUAGGCCGCUACACAACUUGAAAGUCGACCUGUCGGAUGACGAGAAGUGGCAACACGCACUGAGCGUGUCGCUGGAGCACUGGAACCGCGAGUGGGCAAGUGAGAAGCCGGCUCUGGUUCUGCGCAGGAUUGGGUCGGCCCUGCAGACGGAAGUUUGCGACGCCACGCACGUGGCGCAGGUGGAGCGGCUGGUCACACAAGUAGAGGCGGUUCUGGACCGGACGUGCUGCAAAAUCGACCAGUUUCGGCGGCUGGACCCGGAGCAGGAACACGCUUGGGUUCGGAACACGGGCCCCGUGCCGGAUCCCCACAUUCUGCUCGCGGAGGUCGACAGUUCCUGUCUGUGUGCGCAGCUCGACGUGGAAGCCUACACGCACAAGGUAAGGGAAACACUGGUAGAAGAGGAGAGAGAAGAGGCCGCAAAGCUGGAAAGGUCCGCGGAACGGGUGGCCGAACGCGCAGAGGAGCUGCUGACAGCUUUGCAAAAACUUCGUUCUGACGAAUUGAAGAAAAUGGUCGCCGCAGAGAAAACUAUCCACGACGAAGAAGCAGCCACUGGGCCGUCCGGAGGACAUGAUCUUCACCCGGCGCAAAGCUCGCUCGGGACCACGACGAGGAGGUUGACGGCAGGUGUUGAACAUGAUCUCCAAGAAUCACACCCGAGGGGUCUCGCCAGCGCAAUCGAAAGUUUGGCCGAGGGGGAGGUGGAUCCAGUUGCUGUGGUGGCGAAGGACGACGUUGCCGUUGGGGAUCUGUCGGCGGACGAGCGCAGUGAUGCGCAAAAGAUCUUGGACGAAGCCAAGCGCUUGAAAGACGAGAAGCCACACAGUGUCUUCGGGCAGCGGCUCAAUCUGGGUUCCGAGGUACAGCCGCCCCCGCAUAUCACUUUUGCGAGGAAAGUCGAUCGGGCGGACAGGAUGUCAAGGAGUGGCCCACCGGCGGGGAAGAGCGAGUUCGAAGCGGGACGAUGGGGGGCCACAACUGCGACGUCUUCCGAUAGAACAGCUUGGGUGUUCGAGCCCCUCCGCCACAAUCAGGACAGAAACUGGAACUGGCAGUACAGUUACGCGCCGGACAAUGCGGAGUUGCCGUCCGACGUAUGAGACCAAAAAGUGUCAUAUUCCUGGAGAUGCAGAUAAACGGCACUGCUGAGUCUUCCGUCGAAGAUGAAAACCUGAUGCAUAAGUGGUGUGUGACCUCCUCGCGGUUUCUCUGCGGGAGCUAAAAAUCGCUCGUGUAGUAUUCGAGGGCAGCAGCGUCCGCUUGGAAAGUGCUGCUUGGGGUGGAAUUUCCACUUCCGUAGUAUCUACGAUUUGCUGGCUCAUAAAGAAGCAAGUGCUUGUCAUCCUCGCGUGCUUAAUCUAUCAACUGCCACGUCAGUUAAUUUUUUCGGGAGAAGAGACACUUUUUCUUUUGCUUUUGAAAACGAUAUAUGGAGUAUUUUUUUCGCAACUUUCUCGCGCCUGACUUCGCUGCUAUUCCCGAUGCCAGACUGAGGUACCAGUUCGCACUACUUCGCAGAAUUGCAGACGCGAUGGCAAGCGAGAGCACCUAUGAAACCCGGCACACGUUUUGGUCCGAAACUGCCGAACGGCGGAAGCUGCGGCAAAAACUCUAUAAAGUGUUUGAGAAGUCGCAAUACACCUGGUUUCGAACGGGUGCCGACGUUUUGGCGCAAGGCGAAAAUAAUGGGUACGCAAAAACUUCGACCAGCAGGAUGACUGGCUUGGAUGCCCAGCUUCAUUGGUUGAAGCCAGCGACAGAGGUGAAAACAGGAGAAAGCAACAGCACAGGCUCAGAGGACGAUGAAGAAACAGCUUCUCCUAGCAAGAUGGCUCUCUUGAUUUUCCCGCACGACAAGCCGCUAGACUACUACACAACUUGGAAAGUGACUGAUUUAGCAACCCCGGGGUUCACCCGGCGCUUGCGUUUCGACUCCUUGGCCGCGUUCUUGGCCAUAGACAACCCCGAUCCUUUCGCGGACACGGAUUCUCUCAAUGCGGUAAGUCAUACUCGUAUAGGAGUUUGAACGCGUAGUCAUAAGGAGUAUAAAUCUUUUCUAAGCACGUUAACUCAAUGAUCUUCUACUUAUGCUUAAUGAACCCUGAUGGAAUGAAUUCGGUGAAGGGCGCUCGUGUAGCGUCCUUGUUUAAAUUUAGUUUACGCCAAGAACCUGUGAUCGCUCAGAUUCUAUUCCCGCUGAUGUGGCACAUUUCGGGCACCCUGGGCGUGAGUGAGGUGAUGGCCUAUGACCACCUGCACAACAACAAAGAGCUGGAUUCCGUGACACAGUUGUCCGCGUCUUGCCUGCAAAUGGUGAACGAUGUGGUGAAUCACUUGGACUUGAAGUACCUGCCCCGGAUCGGCGUUUUCGCGUCCCAAUUUGCGAACAAAAGUGAACGCCUUCGCGAGUUCAGGAAGUUUGUCGAAGCGGGGCAGCAGAUGCCACGAGCGAACGAUACGGGGAUUUCCGCUAGUACUCGCGCUGCAGCAGGUAACAAUCCUGCUGCUGCGAGUCCUCGGAAUGCUGAGAUCAGGAUAGAUUUUGCUGAGGUCGAGUCCACGGUCGGCCUCCUGGGGUUGUCAGAAGACGAGAAGUCCGAAGGAAGUCAUCGGAACAAAAACCAGGGGCUAUUGAGGAAAGACCGCCUCUUGGAAGGCGUUUUGGCCAAAGACCGUGGGCAUGAACAUACGGCAAGAAAUUUUUGAAAAUGCUUGUUUUUUUCGACAAAAAAUUAUGUUACAGCACAGCCAGAGAAAAUGCAAUCGCGGUUUCUUUGCGCUGUCCAGAUAGAGACUCAGAAUUUCGAGAAUAUUAGUUGUCGCCUUCGUAACAAACGUUGCCUACCUAAUGCAUGCUUUUUGUACAAUAAGAAUAAAUCACACUAUGCCCACUACAUCGUGGUCUGACGUUGAUACAUCAAAUUUUCACCGGUUACGUUAUGGAUUUCGUCGGACCUCUUUGCCGGUCUUCUUUACCUUGUCUGUUGCAACCCACACACAGUAGUACGACUUUGUCUUUCCCGCUCUUGAUUUGUUGGCAAACGAUAGCUGGGAAGGUUUCUAUCAAAAAGAAAGGUUUUAGCAAUCUGCUUGUUUGUAAAAAGAGAAUACAGACAUGUGGAUAGCCCGUCUUGAAAUUUCCGGCGAAAUGUGACGCAAAAACAGGAGCAAAAACGCCGC